CAUGCAAAUAAGUAUUAUUUAAGGUUGUGUAAGCACGAAGGACCUCCCCCGCCGUCGGCUGCAGUUGGUUUGUUCCUACGUGGCGUAAAGUUUCCUUCCGUGUGAACCGCAGUGUGAGCUUGACAAGAAGAGGAGAGGCGAAGUGUUAACAUGGCAGACAUGGAGACUGAGACCCCCACACCCAUGCCAGAAGAAGAGGAGCCUCUUUUUAGCAACCUAGACCUCUUCCUCUUUACAUUAAUAAUUGGCAUCUUCAUUUAUUGGUUCAUGUCCCGUAAGAAGCCUGAUCCCAUACCUGAAUUCAAGAAGCUCGAAACCGCAUCAACACCCACCACAAGGGAUACAAGUUUCAUUGAGAAAAUGAAGAAAACGGGCAAGAACAUUAUUGUGUUCUACGGCUCGCAGACGGGCACAGCGGAGGAAUUUGCCAACAGACUGUCCAAAGAUGCUCAGCGCUAUGGCAUGAAAGGAAUGGCCGCUGAUCCAGAGGAGUAUGAAAUGGCGGAACUGUCACGUCUGGGUGAGAUUGAAAACUCCCUGGCCAUAUUUUGCUUGGCCACCUAUGGCGAAGGAGACCCAACAGAUAAUGCCCAGGACUUAUACGAUUGGCUGCAGGAGAAUGAUGACGAAGACUUCGCUGGGCUCAACUACACCGUAUUCGGUUUAGGCAAUAAGACAUAUGAGCACUACAAUGCCAUGGGAAAAUAUGUGGAUAAAAGACUUGAAGAACUGGGAGCCAAGCGCAUCUUUGACCUUGGUUUAGGAGACGAUGAUGGAAAUGUGGAGGAGGACUUCAUUUCAUGGAGAGAGCAGUUCUGGCCGGCAGUCUGUGAGCACUUCGGAGUGGAACCCUUAGGAGAUGAUUCAAGCAUACGGCAGUACGAGCUGAAAGAGUACCCUGACAUCAACGCAAGCAAAGUGUACACAGGGGAGAUCGGUCGUCUGAAGAGUUUUGAGGUUCAGAAACCUCCCUUUGAUUCGAAAAACCCUUUUCUGGCCUCAGUCACCGUCAAUCGCAGACUCAACAAAGCUGGUGACAGACAUCUCAUGCAUCUGGAACUGGACAUAACAGGCUCCAAGAUCAGGGUUCACCCAAACAGCAUCCACAUUUGUGCCGUAGUGGUGGAGUACAAGACCAAGACAGGCCGCACUAACAAGGGAGUUGCCACCACCUGGCUGAAGAAUAAACAGAUCACUGACAACGGCCACAAAUCCACUGUGCCCAUGUUCAUCCGUAAGUCUCAGUUCCGCCUACCCUUCAAAGCCACCAACCCUGUCAUCAUGAUUGGUCCUGGACUGGAUCGCUCCUUCAUGGGCUUCAUCCAGGAGAGGGCCUGGCUCAAGGAGCAAGCAAAGGAGGUUGGAGAGACGGUGAUGUUUUUUGGCUGCAGGCAUAAGAAUGAGGAUUAUCUGUACCAGGAGGAGCUGGAGGAAGCAGAGAAGACUGGAGUCCUAACACAGCUCAACGUCGCCUUCUCCAGGGACCAGGAGCACAAGGUUUACGUGCAGCAUCUCUUAAAGAAAAGCAAGGAGCACCUUUGGAAGUUGAUUCAUACAAACAAUGCUCACAUCUACAUCUGCGGGGAUGCAAGGAACAUGGCUAGAGAUGUGCAGACAUCCUUCUAUGAGAUCGCAGAAGAAAUGGGAGGCAUGACACGCACCCAGUCCACAGAUUACGUCAAAAAACUGAUGGCCAAGGGACGCUACUCACAAGACGUGUGGAGUUAAAGAGCCUUUAAUGGCCUCUUUCUGACUGCUCAAGUGGGGUUCUUUUUUUUUUUCUUUUUAUACUGUAUGUCUGUUGUGUACACACACAAACACACUUUGGUUCAUGAAAGCCACAGGUAGCAGAAUACCAUCAGGCAAACCCUACCUCAGCAGCAGGUUGUUAUAAAUCCAUUGGGCAAUUUCAAUCUGUAUUUUUCUGUUUACCAUACCACCAUAAUGUCUGUUAGAGUCCUUGCUUGAGCCAGAGUCACAGACCAAACUACAAUAACCCAAAAUGGAGGUGCUUGUGAAUUAAUGAAUAAGUGUAAUUGGCUGUUCGAUAAACAUUCUGGGCCGUCCAAUCAAAUGUGGAAACCUCUGCUGGCUUGAGUGAACUCACGACAAUUGGCACUGUCGUUUCAGAUUUCAUUUUGAUUUGACACCUUUUUCGUAUGAGCCUGUCCCAUCUGUUUUCAGUCCAACAUGUACGUAUAUGUACAUAACUUAAUUCCACUGUGAACACGACAAUUUUAACAGAAAAAUUCUAGUGCUUGUUCAGUUUGCCGUCAUGAAGCGUUCAUGACUUUCAUUAUCAUAACACGUCUAGAUGAAUACGAGUGUUGUCUGCUCCCCUUCCAGCAGUCUCAGCAUUCGUUACUUAUCCUCAAGAGAUGAUCUAGCCCUACUUUGUCAUCUUAAAAAUACAGUUUUAAAAACUUUGUGAGAGGCGUCGACGAAGUAUUUGCUACGACAGCUUGACAUCAUUGGUACAUUUUUAAUCUCAACGUUUUUUUUUUUUGACAAGGGAUCUUACCUUAUAUGCACAAUAUGAUAUGAUAGUGGUAACCUACAGUUGCAAAGGGAACACCAUUUAUAGAAGAAAAAUAAAAUUAUGAUUAACAUUUGUCAUCUUUCAAAUAAACCCUGUCAUUAAACAUAAUGCAAAUGAA